AUGUCUGGCAAUUGCUGUUCCAGGAAAUGCCCCUCCACACCAGCUAUCUCUCUUUGCUCUAGGGAGGUGAACUGCGUAGGUCCCGUCUGCUUGCCCAGUUCCUGUGGGAGCCAGACAUGGCAACUGGUAACUUGUCCAGAUGACUGUGGAUCAUCUAGCUGUGGUCCUCAACCCUGUGAGCCCUCCUGUUCUGUGAGUACCUGUGCCCAGCCUGUGUGCUGUGAAGCCACAAUCUGUGAGCCCUCCUGUUCUGUGAGUACCUGUGCCCAGCCUGUGUGCUGUGAAGCUACAAUCUGCGAGCCCUCUUGUCCCAUGAGUACCUGUGCCCAGCCUGUGUGCUGUGAAGUUACGCCUUGUGAACCUUCUUGCUCCAUAAGCUGUUGCUGUCAGCCUGUAUGCUGUGAGGACACCUCCUGCCAACCAGUCAUCUGUGUACCCACUUCUUGCCAGCCAGUCCUCUGUGACCCCAGCUGCUGCCAACCAAUGGUCUGUGAGCCCAGCUGCAGCUCAACUAUCUGCACUGUGCCAACUUCCUGCCAACCAGUGAUCUGUGAGCCUAGUUGCAGCUCAACUAUCUGCACUGUGCCAAGUUCCUGCCAACCAGUGGUCUGCGAGCCCAGCUGCUGCUCAGCUGUCUGCACUAUGCCAACUUCCUGCCAACCAGUGGUCUGUGAGCCCGCUUGCUGCCAGCCAGUGUGCCCACCACCCAGCUGCUGUCCAUCUGUCUGUACAGUGACCAGUAGCUGCCAGCCCAUCUGCUGUGACUCCAGUCCUUGUGAGCCAUCUUGCUCAGAGGCUAGCAUCUGCCAGCCGGCCUCCUGUGUGGCUCUGGUCUGUGAACCCAUUUGCCUCCGCCCUGUCUGCUGUGUUUCAAGCCCUUGUGAAGCAUCUUGUGUCUCUAGCACCUGCCAAGAGGCCUCGAGUUGUGUCUCCAGCAUUUGCCAACCCAUCUGCUCUGAGUCCAGCCCGUGCUCACAAAAUGUCUGUGUGCCCAGCCCCUGCUCACAAAAUGUCUGUGUUCCUAGUCCCAGCUCACAAAGUAUCUGUGUGCCUAACCCAUGCCAAUCUACCUGCUACCUAGUUAAGAGUGGUAAGUCCAUCUGUUGUGCGCCUGUCUCCUGCACUUCCAACUCCAGUCAACCUCUUUGCUGCCGCCCUGGGUCUUCUGCAUCUGCCAUCUGCCAACCAGUUUACUCUCGGCCUACAUUCUACAUAUCCAGUUCCUACAGACAGCCCUGCAGUACUUCAAUUUCCUACCGUCCAAUUUGUCGCCCACUCUGCUCUGGCUCCCUGUCCUACAAGCAGCCAUAUGUGACAUCCAUCUCCUACCGCCCUGCUUGCUACCGCCCAUGUUACUCCCUCCUGCGCCGCCCGACCUGCAUCACGUCUCUCUCUUACCGCCCAGUCUGUUCCCGCCUACCUAGUGCUGAGACUGACUCCAGCAAACUCGAUCGCAAGAACUCCAAUUCCAACCAACCAGAUUGUGCCGAUUCAACCCCCUGCAAAGAGAAAGUGUCAGAGGAGAGUCCCUGCUCAGCUGCUGCUGCCAAACCCAGCAGCCCAACCACCAGUGAGGCUGCAGCCAGUCAGCCUGCUGCCAGCAAAUCUGCCGACUCCUAA